GUAGUCUUACUUGAACCAAGAGCUUCCUGUAAUAUAGACCCAAUAUGACAUGGGGGUACAUGCAGGGACGGACUGUCCAUUCUGGUACUCGGGCACUGCCCGAGGGCCCGGGGUCAGUAGGGUGCCCCAUGAGAUGCCCCUGGCACCUUUCAUAGGCUUUUUUGAGUGUGGGUGAGGACACAGGGGCACCAUGAUCCCCUAUUGCCCGGCCCGGGGUCAGUAGGGGGCCCCAUGAGAUGCCCCUGGUACCUUUUUCAUAGGCUUUUUUGAGUUUGGGCAAGGACACAGGGUCCCCAU